AUGGCAGAGGAGGAAGGCACCGGAGAGCUCUCCAUCACCGGAGAGCUCUCCAUCUCCCUCCGCCCCUUCGAAAUCGACGACGCCGACAACGUCAUGGCGUGGAAGGGAGACCCUCGCGUGGCGGCAUUAUGCCGGUGGGGCACUUACACCUCCCGCGACGAGGCGGUUGCCUUCAUCCAGGACUUCGCCAUCCCGCACGAGUGGGGUCGCGCCAUCUCCGUGGCCGGCCGGCCGGUCGGAUGCAUCUCCGUCACGAUCGGCAAGGAUGACGCCCAGUGCCGUGGGCUGCUCAAGUACGAGCUCGCCCACCGGUGCUGGGGAAAGGGCGUGGCCACCUCCGCCGUGAGGCUUGCUGUGCAGAUCGUCUUCAGGGAGUUUCCGGGUCUGGAGCGGAUCGAGGCGAUGGUUGCCCCCGAAAAUAAAGGGUCCAUGAAGGUUUUGGAGAAAUGUGGAUUCCUUAGAGAGGUGAUCCUCAGAAAAUAUGUGGUUGGGAAAGGCAGGCUUUGGGAUGUGGCCCUCUUUAGUAUUCUUUCACAAGACCUCACUUAA